UCCUGGCCGAGGAUCGCUGCCUACUUCCCCUGCCUCCGCUUCCGCACCUGAGCCACCCGCUGCUCCGCUCGGCAGCGGCGCCCCAGCCCCACGGCGGGCCCCAGAGGGACGGGGCAGCUCCUCCACGCUGCCGGUGGGUGCCCCUGUGCCCCCCUUGGGGCAGAGGGGAUGGGAUGGGGCCUCUGUCGGGGACCACGGAGGGACCAGGAGGAAGCUUUGGGGAUCGCUCAGCCUCGCUGUUCGCGGUGGAUCCCAUUAGGCUCCAGAGUGAACGUGCCCUACCUGACUGCUCCCUUCCCACCUAGGUGAUCCUGCUGCCUGCCGCAGGCCAUGCUGCCGGCCCGGGGCUGAUGGAUCCCCCGUCCCUGUGCCGGUGCCUGUCUGCUGCAUCCCAGGAUCCUUUCCCAUCCUCGGACUCCGUCUGGCCCCGCUCCAGGAAUGAGGGUCUCUGCUGCCCCUCAGCUCUUGGCAUCGCGUGCUGCAGGAGAGGUUUCAUGUGGGAGAUCGGCGGCUGAGCGGCACGCUGCCUGUUAUGGCUGGGUGGUUUAGGCGGCUCCUGCAGAAGCCCAAGCAGAGCUCCAGCUGCACGGGGAGCAGUCGGAAUGCCAGCACCGGGCAUUCGGCUUCCUCAUCACCCUCCUCCUCCUCCUCGGCCAGGAGCUCUGGCUCCUCUGCCGGCACUGCUGUGGCUCGGGCUGUCCGCCCGGCACCAGUGGACAUCAGCAGCUCAGGCAGUGCCCGCUGGGCCAAGAGCUACGACGUGUGCAUCUGCCACAGCGAGGUGGACCUGGAGUUUGUGGAGGAGCUGGUGUCCUACUUGGAGAGCCAGCCCCAGAGCUUCCGCUGCUUCCUGCAGCUGCGGGACGCCGUGGCAGGCAGCGCCAUCAUGACGGAGCUGUGCGACGCCGUGCAGAACAGCCACUGCUGGGUGAUGCUCAUCACCCCCAGCUUCCUCCAGGACCCCUGGUGCAAGUACCAGAUGCACCAGGCGCUGGCCGAGGCCCCGAUGGCCAAUGGGCGCACCAUCCCCGUGCUGAAGGACAUCGACAGGAAGGACUACCCCAGGGAGCUGCGAAAUCUGUACUACAUCUCUACAGCGCUCAAGGAGAACAGCUUCAGGCAGAUCAGAGACACUGUCCUGCACUACCUGGAAGAGCUGUGCCGGAGCUCUGCAAGCGGGACAGAGCAGUGACACUAAGGACAUGGGCACCUGGGCGACGGUGGAGGCAUCUCUGUGGGCAUUUCAGAGCCGUGGAAGUCACUGGGCACGGAACUGCAGGAGCUAGCGAAGCCUGGGCAUGAAGCAGCGCCGCUCAGGGCAGACCUGGGACCUGAAGACGGGGAAGCCCCCACAGCCAUGGGCCAGCAGCAGCACAGCGUCUGCCAUGUCCCUGUAACGCUGCCAGGCUGCUGUUGAGCCUGCACCCUGCCCUGCUGCCCUGCCGUGGGGUUUGUUCUCAAUGGGGACGAGGAUGGGGACAGCACAUUCCUUGAGGUCACACAAACACUAAGCUUCCCACCAAGGGUGGGCUUAGCACACAUGGGGAGUCCUCAGCAUCCUCCAGUGUCGUCCCCCCAGGGGUGAGGAUGCUCGGGGAGGCUGGACACUCCUGUACCCUGCAUGAGCUGACAUCACUGGAGCGUGUUUGCACUGGUUGAUUCAGGUUGUGUGUGGAGAAAUGCAGUUUUAUUUUUUAA